CUGAUCUCCGCGGCGUAGAGGAAGACGAGCAGAAGAAACACACCACGAGUUUACCGUCCGCUGGAGGAAGCGUAAUUUACUGAAAACUACACAAUGAAAACAGAAAAACAGCUCAAACAACAGAAGAACGAGAAGCAUUUCAGUAAAAAGAAGUCAAAUAAAAAUGCUUAGCUUGCAUCAGAUGAUCACCUGCAAAAAAUACAUCAUAAAUCAAAUGAAAUAAAUAAGAGUAAAGAUAUGAAUAAACAUACAUGAAAAAAUAGGAAAAAAGCCUUUAAGCCAAAGAUGCUCUCAGGAGAUAUUCCUAUCCCACACUUCCGCAGAGGGCGAUUUGAGUCCGAGAAGAAUUAUAUCCGCCGCAUGACCGAAGAGACUGAGCAUGUCCUCUUCCUCACGAACAUCCAGGAAGAGAGACAUCCGGAGGUCACGCUAAAGAAAGAAGUGGAGACAGAGGAGAAGAAACCCACUAAAAAGAAAUGGCUCCAUAGAGGGAAAAUUCAGAAACAGAAAAAGAAGCUAAACCAGCAAGAGGAACAUGAAGAGGAGGAGAUGUUCAAAGAACAUAUACACUUUCCAUAACUCGCCAUUGAGACUCCAACAAAUACUGUUAAACCAAAAACAUCCUGAGUUAAGCCCCAGGGGGCAACCAAAGAUCUUCUCCUGAACUCCCUCCUGGGUCACAGUGCUGUGUCGCUCAACAAACCUUCUAUGGCGAGGAAGAGGAUAGUGGAGGAAGAGCGCGAGAGAGUGGUGCUGCUGUACAGACAGAUGAAGCAGAAGCAGAGAGACAAAAAAGAGCAGGACAGGGCUGCCAAGACCUCCACAUGAUGCACUGCUAUUUGUUUCAUAUAGUAUUGUAUUAUCUCUCUGUGUAUCUUUCAAUUUUCUACAGAUUUUGCUACCUCUGCUGGUCAACAAUACCAUAUUGAUGGAUCUUGUACUAAAAUAUUUACAAGUGGAUGUAGCAGGAUUGUGUAUAAUGCAAAAAAUAAAUUAGUUCACACUUUUAUGUAAUGCACAGUGAGUUCACAUGCAUUUGGUCCCUUAAUACUCAAAAAGACUCAAGUAAAAUAUUGUUUUAAAAAAGAAAA